CGAUAGCUAGAGUGAAUCCCACACUAUUAAUGGCGACCCUUUAAAAUCAGCUGUCACUGGAUUAUUCACCAUUCUCCUCAAGCAAUCAAUUCACAAUUCUAGCAAAUAUCAAACCAGCUUAGAAAAAAUAAAAGGGAAAAAAUCCAACUUAUCAAAAGCUUCCAGAUAUAUAUAUAUAUAUAUAUAUAUAUAUAUAUAUAUAUAUAUAUAUAUAUUUCUGUAUCUCAAAGACACGAACCAGAAAAGACCUUUGGUCCCUAGUCAACAUCCUCAACCGUUCAACCCCAGAUCCAUCUGAAGCUAAAGUAUACCCUGCCCUACUUCUUAUGUGCUCCUGUGGACUGCUGUAUGCUUUGGAUUGAUCGCUUGGUCUUCCAAAUUUGUUAGUGCAGCAACAUCAGUAGCAGAGCCCAAGUCUGGAAAUUGAGCAUUAACUGAUGCUUAAAAGGAUUUCAGGUUUGCCUGGCUUUUACUUAUGGUUGGUUGGGUUUUAUUGGAUAUCCAUAGGUUGCAUUUUGUUAAUUGCAGCAUUAUCUUGGAGAGUAUAAAAAGGAAGAGAAAAUGAGGAUGAGGAACAAAUACAGGAAACCAACCACUUUGCGUUGCUAUGCAGGGAGCAGAUGUUCGAUAUCUGCUGCAUUGUGGAGCUUGUUAGGAUGUCUUCUUAUGUUUUAUCUCUACUCCGUAGUUCACCAGAGGAAUCGGAUUGGCAGAGAAAUUGAAUUUCGAGCUAGUCACCACCCACAAUUACAUGAACUUGAAAAGGUGGAAGAGGAAACUAUCCACAUUCCUCCACCAAGAAAACGUUCUCCACGUGCUGCAAAAAGAAAACCUAAGCGACCCACCACAAUAAUUGAUGAGUUUCUUGAUGAGAAUUCUCAAAUCCGGCAUGUAUUUUUUCCUGACCAGAAGCUUGUGAUAGAUCCAUUGAAUGCUGGGAAUGAUAGCUAUUACUAUUAUCCUGGAAGGAUUUGGUUGGAUACUGAAGGAAAUCCUAUUCAAGCCCAUGGAGGUGGUAUGCUGUAUGAUGAAAAAUCAGGAACAUAUUAUUGGUAUGGGGAGUAUAAAGAUGGGCCGACAUAUCAUGCUCACAAAAAGGGAGCUGCCCGGGUUGACAUCUUAGGAGUCGGUUGUUAUUCUUCCAAGGACUUAUGGAAAUGGAACAAUGAAGGUAUUGUACUGGCAGCAGAGAAAACAAACGAAACACAUGAUCUCCACGAGUUGAAUGUUCUUGAGAGGCCAAAGGUGAUCUACAAUCACAAGACAGCAAAGUAUGUAAUGUGGAUGCAUAUUGAUGAUGUCAACUACACCAAAGCUUCUGUUGGCGUUGCCAUCAGUGAUUACCCAACUGGUCCUUUUGAUUAUCUCUAUAGCAAACGACCUCAUGGAUUUGAAAGUAGGGACAUGACAAUCUUCAAAGAUGAUGACGGUAUGGCAUAUCUUAUAUACUCCUCUGAGGACAAUAGUGAACUUCACAUCGGACCUCUAACUGAAGAUUAUCUGGAUGUGACAAACAUUGUGAGAAGAAUUCUUGUUGGACAGCACCGGGAAGCCCCAGCUCUGUUUAAGCAUGAUGGGACUUAUUACAUGAUCACUUCAGGCUGCACGGGAUGGGCACCAAAUGAAGCACUGGCUCACGCAGCAGAGUCUCCCAUGGGGGCAUGGGAGACUAUGGGAAACCCCUGCAUAGGAGGGAACAAAAUGUCUCGACUAACAACAUUUUUCGCUCAGAGUACAUUUGUGAUACCUUUACCAGGAUUUCCUGGUUCAUUUAUUUUCAUGGCGGAUCGUUGGAACCCCGCAGACUUGAGAGACUCGAGAUAUGUAUGGUUGCCCUUGAUCAUAGGAGGGCCGGUUGAUCGGCCCCUUGAUUACAAUUUCGGGUUCCCUUUGUGGUCAAGGGUGUCCAUAUAUUGGCAUAGGAAGUGGAAACUUCCUCAGGGUUGGAGCGGGUGGAAAAAGAUAUAGGUCGUCUUUGUUUCAUCUGUGUACCAUACGUGAAGUAUGGUUAUUCUUUCACUGGCUUGCCAUUGAUUGUUGUAUUACUGUACAUUAACAGCGUUUGCUUAUAGUUCACUUCAGAGGAGUGUAGAUGAUAUACAAUGCCACUUGGCUCAUCUUUGUUUAGAUUUGUGUUCAUACUAGCUUUGAGCCUCUAGCCAAGAGUGUCACUAUUGGGUG